AGGCAAUAAUUUAUAAUACGGCUAAAGGAAGUGUUCAUGGGAAGCUUGUAUGGUAACAUUGAAAUAGUGUUUUCAAACAUGUUCGUAUUAUAAUCUUUUAGUGGAAAGGGGAUUCGUACAACUAGUGCAGUGAUAUCGAUGUUUCUAGCUGAUAUGUAGUUAGUUAUGUAGUAUUGUCGAUGGUGAUUUUAAUGGGCGGAGAUAUAUUGCUACAAUAAAAUCGUAUUCUCAUUAAAAUUGUGGUCAACAGUCAACAUGCUUAUAUACAAAAGGCACACGGUUCGUCCGUCACCCCCUAACAACCCAGUUGAGGAUUCGGCGAACGGUAGAGGGCCUUACGAGUCAUGGGGGACUCCGGAGAGCACUCCAACGCGCAAUAUAAUUAAAGAAACCAAUACGAUCGAAUCAAUAAUAAAGGUGAAAGAUGACAAGGAAGAACGUAAGAAAUCUGCCCUGCCUCCUCAAAGGGUUCGUUUCCUUCAAAACGACUUUCUUGAUCAUUACGAAUUGGAGGCAAGCGUAACGGAUUAUGAAACGGAAUUAAAAGACCUUGACGAGGAUGAAACGAUCGAAACUUUCGAGAUAAAGCCUGAAAAACCAGCGAAGAAAGUGCAAUUGGUGGAUACGCCAGAUUCGGAUCCGCCUUCUCCGAUACAUAAAAAAGAAAGCAAAGGUUUUUUUGGUUUUUCACUGCCAUCGUUCUUCGAUCCUUCCAAAGCUAUCGACUGUCAGAGUAAGAGCUACAUAGCUUGGCUCCUUCUCGUCACGUUCUGCUACAGCUACAACGCUUGGUCAAUCGCUCUGCGUGCCUCGUUCCCUUACCAAACUCCGGAGAACGUCGCUUGGUGGAUGACGGCAGACUAUUUCUGCGAUGCAAUAUAUUUACUAGAUCUGAUGCUCAUUAAGCCACGAAUUAUGUUCCUUUUCGACGGUUUCAUAAUUGAGGAUACAAUAGCGACCAAGACACACUAUAAAAGGAAGCUGCAAUAUAAAUACGACGUUAUGUCUCUUCUGCCGUUGGACAUAUUGUACGUAUACUUUGGUACCAAGAUGGUUAUCCUGCGCUUUCCAAGGUUAUUGAAAUUGCAAACGUUCUGGGACUUUCACCGCGCAAUGGACCGGAUCUUACAUUGCCCUUACGUGGUACGUGUCGGUAAAACAUUGUUCUACAUCUUCUACUUGAUCCAUCUGAACGCGUGCGCGUAUUACCUGAUCAGCUACUACAUCGGCCUCGGCUCCGACGGGUGGGUGUACGACAACAAGGGAAACGCUUAUAUCCGCUGUUUCUAUUUCGCUACAAAGACUGCAACCUCCAUCGGUAAGAACCCGAAGCCAGAAAAACCUGCAGAGUAUCUGUUCAUGACGUUCGCCUGGCUGAUGGGUGUGUUCGUGUUCGCCCUGCUCAUUAGUCAAAUAAGAGAUAUUAUUGCCACUGCCACUAAAGCGAGGACUGAUUACCGCAUGAGCGUUGAUGCUUGUUCCUGGUACUUGCGCAAGCAGAACUUGCCUCUCUCGGUACAGCGUCGCAUAGCUUGCUGGUUUAACUUCACCUGGAACCAGCAGCGGUGCAUCGAUGAAUCGAGAAUUUUAAGCUUGCUACCUUACAACAUGAAACGAGACGUAGCCCUUUAUGUACACAUGUCGAUUUUGAGUCAGGUGCAACUGUUCCGCGACUGCUCGUCGUCGCUACUGCGCGACCUGGUGCUGCAGCUGAAGCCCGUAUCGUACUUGCCGGGUGACGUGGUGGUGCGGCGUGGCGACGUCGGACACCACAUGUACAUCGUCAAGAGCGGGGAGUGCUUGGUGAUGUCGGCGGAUGAGAAAGAAGUUGUUGCGGUUUUGAAGACGGGUUCGGUGUUUGGAGAAAUCAGUUUGCUCGGCAUUGAAGGCCUACGACGUCGGACUGCUACUGUCAGAUCUCGGGGAUACUCUACACUCUUCGUUCUUUCACGUGACGACCUCGAAUCCGCACUCGAAUAUCACAAGGAGGCAGCUCAGAUACUUCGUCAUCGAGCUGAUCAGAUCAUACAAGAAAACGCGGCGCGCCAGGCGAUGCAGGCGAUGCAGACCAGGGACCACUUCGGCGGAGACUUCCUCUCCAUGCAGCCGAACUGCCGCCCUCCCGCCAGCGGCCGCCGCCGGCGCCGCGUGUCGGCUCAGUUUAGACCGCCUUCCAUCACGGUUUAUAUGUCGCCUAGAUCAAUUCUGUCGAGAAACAUCCUCUUCAUCGAAGAAUAAAUGCGAGAUGCCAAAAAAUAAAUAUAAAAUCUUCUUUUUAAAUGUCAAGCAAUAUAAAAUAAUAAAAAAAGCUCAAGGCUUACGCGCAAGCAUUUAUAUUAUCAAUGUUACUAUAAUAUAAUCUGUGCAAAAAAUAAACAAAUAUAAAAUCUUUUUUUUUAUUUUAAAUUAUGUUAUGAAGAACAGGUUUUCAAAACAUUCAUACUAUCCAAAUAACGGUCACCUUUUCAAUAAAAAAAAAAAUCCGUAUCUGAUUUUUUCCUCCAAAAUUGAUUUUAUACAGACUGGAAAUGACAGUUGUCAUAUUCUGAAUAAACAGAUAACUAAUUUUAUAUUUGUUUGUAGUUUGUAAAAUAUAAUCAUAACUGAUACAUAUACUCGUUUAACUGUUAGCAUGUACUUAAUAGUCAAAUUAAACUUUUUUUUUUGCGUGUAGCAACUAACUUUAUUACCAUUUUUUAAAACAUCAUAACUGGAAUAUGUACUCGAAUGGUUUAAUAAAAUAAUAUGUUUAAGUAUAUCUAUUUCCAUAUAAAUUAUUUUUUUUAAACGUUUACUAUGAAUUUUUAUAUAUAUUUACGAAAUUCAAAACUGUAUUAGUUUGUAGUUAUUUAUUAAAAUAAACCGAUUUUAUUAGUACUUAAGUCAUUUUAUUAAUGUGAUGUAGAUGUAGUAUUGUAGUGCAUGUAACGUUCUCUAAAUAUAAUCUCUAUUUAAUGGACCUCUAUGGAAUUCUCUUAUUAAAUACAUAUUUAGAUGGGCAA